GCCCCGCGGCGGCGCGCGGCGCUUCUGCCUCUCGCGCCUUCACUGCGGCGGACACGGCACGGGCGGCACCGCGGGACUGGCGGAGAGGUGAGCGCUGGGAGCGGGGGAAGGGAGGCAGGCAGGCAGGCCGGUUGGCCGGCCGGCCGUUCCCCUGUACCGGUUUCCUGUGCACUGGCGGGAGGCCGUUCCCUUCUACCGGGUCUCCGUGCACGGGAAUAAGAGUGUGCAGUGUACCGCGGUGAGGCCGUUUCCUCAUACCGUGUUCCCGUGCGCCAGGGACAUGGGCGUCCUGUGCGUUGAGGGGAGGCCGUUUCCUUGUACCGGGGACACGGACGUCCUGUGCAGCGGGAGCAGGGAUGGAUGGACGGACGGAGGGAGGGAUGGCGAUCCCGGGAUACGGGUGUCUCCCGCACCGGGAUAUCGCACCGGCUCGCUGUCCCCCGCGCCGGCGGGGAUGCGGGUGGGCCCCCCCGGCGAACCCCGGAAGCAGCCCGGGGAGCCCCGGCGCUGACCGCCCGUCCGCUCCCGCAGGUCCGGGCCGAUGGUGGGAGGCAGCCCCCGGCGGAGCCCGGCCGCACGCCAUGCCCUGGAGCGUCCGCUUGGUCGGCGGCUGCGGCGCCCAGUCCCAGAAGCAGUGCAAGAAAUCCUCCUUCGCCUUCUACCAGGCUGUGAGGGACCUGCUGCCCGUCUGGUUCCUGGAGGACAUGCGGACCAUGGAGGCCUUCCACUGGGAGGAUGGGGGUAAGGUGAGCGUGUACUCGCCCUCGGAGGCGCUGCUCUACGCGCUGGUGCACGACCAUCAGCCCUACGCCCGACACCUGCUCACUAAGUUCCCCCAGAGCGCCCUGGCUGUGCCCAGCCAAAGCUUCAGCUGCUGCCAGUCAGCCCCGCACCUGGUCAUGGCCGUCCGAUACAACCGCGUCCGGGUGCUCUUCCGAAUCCUCAAGGCCAUCCAAGCCUUGUCCCCGAGUGACAGAGCCGCCCACCUGGACCGCCAGGGCUGCAGCCGCGUGGAGGGCGGCAAGACAGCCUUGCACAUGGCCUGCGAACUGGUGCGGCCCGAGUGCCUGCUGCUGCUGCUGGGGCACGGCGCGUCGCCCUGCCUGCAGGACAGUGCUGGGAACACCCCCCUCGACACCCUGCUGCAGCAGAUCUCCCACUUGCCGGCAGCUAACAUGCGUGCCAAGCUCCUGUGUCUCGACUGCCUCUUCUUCUUCGUGCCUCAGGACCUCAAGUUUGCAAUGAAACAGCAGCUGUUGGAUAACCGGCAGCAGUGGCAGGACCUCCUGGGGGAGAACAGGUUCCAGUGCCUGGUGGGCUUAGUGCCUCCAUCGCUGUUUGUCGGAGCCAUGCGUGUCUUGAUCAGGACCAUUUCACCUGAGCACUUCCCAGAGGCUCUGGAUAAUCUGCCUCUGCCUCAUUUUCUAAAGCCUUUGGACUUGAAACUGGAGAGCUAGAGGGAUGGUAUGAGAGCCUCCGGCUCACCUUACAGAAAUAGACUUGUGCUAAAAAUGUAUCAAUAUACAAAGCUGCUAAUGCAGUGGCCAAGUAUCUGUUUUACUGAGAACAGUGUUUUUAAAAAUAAUUGUAUCCAGCACUUUACAAUACAUUUUAUUUAAAAAUCCUUGUGGUGAGGUGAGGGUCAUGCUGCAUUUUAUAAAGGUGUUCUAUGGCAUGUAUAUAUGAGGGAGAACAUAUUUGUAAAUACAUCCAAAUAAAACAGUGGCAGAUAUGAUCAAAAUAUAAAUCAAUACCCUGGAGUGGCAUGUGCCUUGGAAAAGCGUGUGC